UGACGUAGAUCGUUAAUCCUCUUAGGUUAAUUAAGCUGAACCAGCAGGCCCCGCAGCGCAGCUCCUGUAACAGCGGAGGUUUCUCGGAUCGAUCUGAUCGUAUGAGGAGUCAAACAGAGACUCUGGGAGGAAAAGCUUUGGACCAUAAAACUAUCUGAGGAGAGCUGGAGCCGGUGGGUGUCUCCUGCAGGAUGCUGCCUCGGCGGAUGCUGUGGGGCGCUGUGACGCGUCAGGUGGCACCGCGGCUGACCUACAGCACUGCUGCACAGCCGCAGGUGAAGUCAAAAAAGACCAAGUUUGGCCCUCUGAGUGAUGAAGACCGGAUAUUCACCAACUUAUAUGGCCGGCAUGACUGGAGACUCAAGGGGUCCCUCAAACGAGGAGACUGGUACAAGACUAAAGAGAUCAUCCUGAAGGGACCCGACUGGAUCCUGAACGAGGUGAAAAUCUCUGGGCUUCGAGGCAGAGGAGGAGCAGGCUUCCCCACCGGCAUGAAGUGGAGCUUCAUGAACAAACCCAGCGGUGGCAGGCCAAAGUACCUGGUGGUGAACGCUGAUGAGGGGGAGCCAGGGACAUGUAAAGACCGUGAGAUAAUGCGUCACGACCCUCAUAAACUAAUAGAAGGCUGUCUGAUCGCUGGGAGAGCCAUGGGCGCUCGUGCUGCGUACAUUUACAUCAGAGGAGAGUUUUACAACGAGUCAUCAAAUCUUCAGGUGGCUAUCAAUGAGGCGUACAAAGCAAAGCUGAUAGGGAAGAAUGCCUGUGGAUCUGGGUAUGACUUUGAUGUGUUUGUGAUGCGGGGAGCCGGAGCCUACAUCUGCGGGGAGGAGACAGCCCUCAUCGAGUCUCUUGAAGGCAAACAAGGGAAGCCCAGGCUCAAACCGCCAUUCCCUGCAGACAUAGGGGUGUUUGGAUGCCCGACGACAGUUUCCAACGUGGAGACGGUUGCUGUGGCACCUGCGAUCUGUCGUCGUGGCGGAGCUUGGUUCGCCAGCUUUGGGAGGGAGAGGAACUCUGGGACGAAGCUGUUCAACAUCUCCGGUCACGUGAACACACCAUGCACCGUGGAGGAGGAGAUGUCUAUUCCUCUGAGGGAGCUAAUAGAGAGACACGCAGGAGGAGUGAGGGGCGGCUGGGACAAUCUAUUAGGAGUGAUCCCAGGGGGGUCCUCCACUCCCAUCAUCCCUCGGCACGUGUGCGAUGAUGUUUUGAUGGAUUUUGAUGACCUGGUCCGUGCAGAGACGGCACUGGGAACUGCUGCUGUCAUAGUUAUGGAUAAAUCGACUGAUGUGAUCCGAGCCAUCGCACGCCUGGUUGAGUUCUACAAACAUGAGAGCUGUGGCCAGUGCACCCCCUGCAGGGAAGGAGUCGACUGGAUGGACAAAAUGAUGUGGAGGUUUGUUCGAGGAGAAGCAGCAGCUUCAGAGAUCGACAUGAUCUGGGAGUUGAGCAAACAGAUAGAGGGACACACCAUCUGUGCCCUGGGAGACGGCGCUGCCUGGCCUGUGCAGGGACUGAUCCGCCACUUCAGGCCCGUCAUGGAGAGCCGCAUCGCUCAGUAUAACAAGAAAAACCCUCCGAGAGAGCCAGUGAUUGAGAUGAUCUGAAACUGUGCAGGGGUCCAUUUCAACAGCAACACUAGCUCAUUGUACUGUACGGCAUUGUGUAUACUAUUUUUUAAUAUAGUUUUUAGAUAUGAAAGUAAUUCUGUACUAUUUAAGAAAUCACACUGCAAG